GUAAGCAAGUGCAUGGUAGGCAAGUACAAAGUAGGCAAGCACAAGAUAGGCAAGCACAAAGUGGACAAGCAAAUAGUGAACAAGAACAAAGUGGGCAAAUAAAUGGUGAGCAAGCACAAG